AUGGAUGACAUUAGUAGACAACUUCAAACAACAUCAAUAUCAACAUCAUCCAGUAACUUCUCAUUGUUGAUGAGUCACGAUGAAAGAAUACGUCAGAAUAUAUCACAACUAACAAGAUGGCUAUCCAUUGAGAGCAACGUUGGUACAUUGCUUUAUCGGGACAAGUUGAUCAAUAUAAUUAAACAGUACUUAAAGUUGGAGUCUCCUCUGAACGAGGAGUUGGAUCAAUGUAAUCAAUGGCUGACAAAGGAGAAGUCUACAAUACUCAAGUCAUCUCAACAACAACAACAAACUCAACAACAGAUUAGAGAAGUGUUGCAAUCACUCGAACUAAACAUUGAGUAUUGCAUUAAGCGCAAACUCUACCCUGACGCGGCACUACUCCUCAGCGAGGCAAUAGUCCAGCAUCCCGAUCACAUCCACUUCACCAUCCUCUAUCUUGAGCUAAUGAUCACACAAGCCAACUAUAGCGAGUUCUUCUUGAUCAUCUCCCCAACUGAUGACAACUCACAUCAGAGAAUUAGUGUUGAGCGAUAUCAUAACAAUCUGAGAUAUUGGGAGUUCAUUCAUAAGCAUCUGCAACAACUUUGGUCCACGAUGGAACCAGAGUUCAAGACGGCAACACUGAGGAAUGCACCCUAUGUCAGUCAGGUGCUCACCGAUGCCAAGAUGGAGUUUGUCCGAUUCCAUCUACUGCUGGUCGAGUCAUUCGACCGAGUGAUCAGACUGCUGUUGGCCUCGCCCCUGGACCAGGCCGUCUACUCUCGUGUCAAAGUUGAACUCGAGUCAUUCCAAGACAAGGUGUUGGCGCUCGAGUCGGACAUCUCACGAUACCUUCACUACACCAAUCAGCAGCAGCAGCAGCAGGUAGUCAUUGACGACUUGUCAACUGAUCGUUACACCACCGCCAUCAACCUGUUCAAGACCCGCUACCACUACUAUUGCGGUCUGAUCAAGGAUUACCAAAUCUUUAAUCAAAGCUUUGAUCCAAAGCAAGGCUAUCCAUUCACAGACUACUUUGAGGCUUUCCAAAAUAGGAGUUCAUUGGAGAUGAGACAAACAUACGCAGAGAUUGCCAGACAACUUUUAUUCAGUCUGCGUCAUAUUGAUCAUAAGAAGCACUUCCUUCAAUACUUUAAGGGCAUCAAGGCAGCAGCAGCAGCAUCAGCAGACAACAACACCAACAGCAACACCGAGUACUUUGAACAUCUUUACAAGCAGGGAGCAGUGUUGGACGAGAAUCACAUCGAGAAGCACUUGAUUGCCGACAUUGAGAUGAAUGAUCUACGCUUGUUACAACAGUCGCCCAAUGAUUUGGCGAGGUUUGUGGACUACUCUCUGUGGCAUCUGAAGCGAGUGUCCAACAACUACUCGAUACUGAUCAAGUGGCUAGAGCUGUUGUUCCAGCCAUUCAUCACGCGUCUGGCCGAGACGACGACGGGUGAGCGCGGCGUCGAGCCAGUCACACUCUCCAACAUCCUGGUGUUUGUCGUUGGUCUCAUAUUCGAGGCGGACGAGACACUGAAGCAGACCUACCAGUCCAGUCCGAGCGAUCUGCGCGUCUUUGUUGACCAGCACGAGCUACUUCACACCACAACCGCCGCUGACUUUAACGUCAAGCUAUGGCGAUCAAUGGUUGUCCACGCACAGCCACUCAGGACAUCACAAUCAAACAUCAACAACAACACAUCAUCAAUCAUAUCAACACCAUCCAAGUUGUUGACGAUCAAGUUCAAGACAACGCCAAUCAAGAUACAUCAAACAACAACACAACAGCAACAGCAACAACAACAACAAAAGGCUGAUCUAUCACUGUUUGCAUUACAGGUAGAGCUUAACAAUGUACUGGCUAAUGGCGAGUGCCUAAGUCUGGACAUUAGUCACCGUGUCGCCGAGGCAUUGCCUUACCUACUAUCAAGCCAGCCAGACUACAAGUCAAUGGAUAUCCCAUCCAUUCAAAUCAAACUAUACACUCGAUCACUACAAUCCAAGAGGUUGUCCAAAGUAACGAUGGAUAACAUACACCUGGCACUUGGAACACUGUACAAGGAUCGACGAGUGUUCAAGCAAGCAUUGUCACACUUUGUAAAGUCCGACACCCCCGCCGCCAACAUUGAGACUGUCAGAGUGAGCCUUGAUAUCAUUACCUUUAAUAUUUCAAACCCGGCAUACACCAAAGAGAUAUUCAAGUCAUUGAUGCAGAGAGCAUCACAAUAUUUGAACAAGUGCCAGAACUAUAAUAUCAAGGACUUGGAGAGUCAUAAGGUUGACUACUCUCAAUAUCUUGAUCAGAUACAAGAGUAUAGGGAGGAGUUGAUGCAGCUGCAGGACAAACUUCAGAUGGAGCCUUCGUUCAAUGACUCUUGGUCAAACUUGUCCAAUGCAUCUUCGUUGAUCUUGCCAUCGCCAUUCAAGACGCCAAUCAGAACCACAUCGCCAUUGGCCAUCAAGAACAUAUCUGAUGAGCACCAGCAGCAGCAACAGUCACCAUUCAAGCCAAUUGGUGGUCGUGGUAGCUACCAAAGAGGUGAUAGACGCGAUGUCCAAGAGUUGGUAAAGAGACAACUGAUGUACAAUGAGAAGUUUGAGUCACUUGUGCCAACUCCUUCUUCGUUGCUAAGUGGUACCAGCGAGACAGGCUCGAACGCUCGAAGUGUUCCAAUCUCCUUUGCACUUGGUGAGGACAUUAAGACACAAUCUUUCAAGCCACAGAUGACCUUCCCGAGCACAACUCAAGUGACCACCCCAACCUCGUCCGUCCCACCGACACCAAGCAAACAAUCACAGACUCCAGUCAAGGUGAUGCCUCAACCAACACUCAAGGCUGGUGAGUGGAUGUGCCGGUCAUGCCAACAGAUUGGCAAGGAUUCCGAGUUAGACUGCACGCUGUGUCACGCACCAAAUCCCAGUCCAAAGACAUCUACACCCAGCUUGUUCAGUGCCACUCCACCCACCACAACUCCUACACAAUCGUCUUCAUUGUUCAACAUUGCCACGCCGACUCCAAGCACAACUGGUGGAUUCAACAUGUUUAACACCCAACAGCAACAACAGUCGACACUGACGACUCCAUCUACUACCAGUAGUUUGUUCAAUCUCAAUCCCAAUCCCACCAGCACCUACACCGCACAAAGUCUGUUUAGUACAUCUUCUCAGGCUACAACAUCGACAUCAUUACCAACGACUGGAGGAAUCAUGUUCAACCUUACUCCAAGUGUACCAGCUGGAGGAUUCAAUCCAACAGUUGCACCAACUACCUCCACACCGAACAGUGGAUUCACACUCAAUUCAUCAUCAAACACAUCAAACCUGAUCGUCCCUGAUAGACUUGGAGAACAGACAUCGCCUGUGACAACAACAGCAACAGCAACAGCAACACCAGUGACCAACUUGUUCAAUCCAUCAACUACCACAGUUGCACCAACUACUGUCCCAACCAGCGGAUUCACAUUCAAUCAGAACACUCCUACAAGUGGAUUCACACCCAAUCAAACAUCAUCAAACACUUCGAGCUUGUUCCCUCAAUCAUCGAUCAAGGAUGACCAGUGGAAGUGUCCAGCAUGUGAGGCAGUGAACAAGCUCACAGAUAGACUUUGUAACGUGUGCCAGAUACCCAACAAGAAUGCUACCAAAGCAACAACAUCGCCGCUUGUUCCGUCAACAACAGCACCAGUGACCAACUUGUUCAAUCCAACAACUCCUACCAGCGGAUUCACACUCAAUCUGAACACACCUUCUUCUUCAACAACAGGCUCAAACCUGUUCCAGACAUCCCCGUUUGCUCCUACCACUACUUCACCAACAAGCACAACUGGAUUCACGUUCAAUCCCACAGCCACUACCAGUUUCCCAGGUCAAACCCAGGCCACCAAAGAGGGUGGUUGGAAGUGUCAGUGCUGUGAUCAGAGCAAUGAGAGCACUGAUAAGUUGUGCAAGCUGUGUCAGGUGGCCAAGCCAACUCCAAAGGUGGCCAAGGACCCGGCAACACCAGUACAGCCCAAGGUUGUUGUUGGACCAGAUACCAAUGCUCCAGCACUAUUCCCACCAACGACAGCAACAUCAUCGACAUCAACAUCUCUUGGAUUCACAUUCAAUCCGACCUUGAAUGCAACACCACCAGCCUCACUGUUCCCGGAUCAAUCCGCAACGCUCAAGCCUGGACAAUGGAAGUGCAAGUGUUGUGAGGUGGCCAAUGAUGACUCUGCCAGACUUUGCAAAGAUUGUCAAGUACCAAGGCAGCCAGUGCCACCACCACCCAAGUCAACUCCCAGCCCAUCUGUACCAGUGGAGGAUAACAAGCUUGCUCCAGGAUGGCAGAUUGACAUAUCGGAUGAUGAUGACGAGGAGGAUGAUGAAGAAGAAGAGGACGAGGAUGAUGAAGAGAGUGAGGACAAUGAGGUCGAUCAAGUAGUAGGUGAUGUGUCCAAAGAUAGUGAGGACGAGGAAGAGGAAGAAGAGGACGACGAGGAGGACAACGAAGAUGACGAGGAUGACCAGGAGGAGGAAGACGAACACGAUGAGGAAGAUGAGGAAGAAGAAGAAGAGGAAGAGGAAGAGCCAGAAGAAGAUGUAAACAGACCGAUUGCCCCAAUUUCUUUUGGAAGCCUCGAUGCUGUACCAAAUACAACAGCGCCACCACCACCUCCCCCACCCAUGGUCCAAGGCAACAAACCAUCAUCAGUGUUUGCUCCAAGACAAACAGCGACAGUCCCCAAUGUCCCAGCAGGCCAGUCAAUCUUUUCAACCAACUUCAACACAUCUACCACACCUCCAACCAGUGUCUUUAGCACAUCCAGUUCAACUCCAAGUGUCUUUGCACAGCCAACACCAAGUAUCUUUGCUUCCCCAGCCACAUCUGGACAACAGCCAACCAGUGUGUUUGAUAUGAACAAGUCUCCAGCAAGCAUCUUUGGACCAAGCUCAUCCACUGCAAAUACAGUUGCCACACCAACAAGUAUCUUUGCUCCAGCUGUCUCUUCUGCAUCUCCAACACCAUCAUCAAGUGUCUUUUCUCCGUCAAAGGCAGUGACUUCCCCACCAAAUCUAUUUGCUCCAUCUACAUCAGGAUUAACAACGGCCCCCUCCCCAAGUAUCUUUGGACCAACAACAACGACUACCCAAACCACUGGAUCGUCUCAAAGUAUCUUUGCUCUGCCUACAUCAGGAUCGACAGCAUCACAAACCCCAUCGGCAGUCUCCAAUCCACCAAGUCUCUUUACUCUGCCUACAUCAACAGCUGCUGGUACUAAUCCACCAUCAACCCAGUCGAUCAGCUCUCCACCAAAUCUGUUUGGUACGACAACAACAACGACAACAACGACCCAAUCUAGUUCCUCCCCUAGUCAACAAGCUCAGACCUCUGGACAACCAACGCAAUCUACACCAGGUCUCUUUGGUAGUGCUCCAACAUCGUCGACCAGUGUCCAAGGUAUCACACCAACAACCAGUCUCUUUGGUAGUGCCUCAACAUCGUCACCAAGUGCAACACAAGGUGCAGUCCCACCAACCAGUCUCUUUGGUAGUGCACCGAUAUCCUCACCACUACCAGGUCACCUUGGUGUACCAGGUGCUGCCAACGCACCACCACAAGUCAAUAUCGGAUCAACAUCACCAGCUCCACAGGUUACUUCGCCGCCUAUCAACAUAUUCGGUAGUUCAUCAACAUCCAACAACAACACCACUAGUACCUCUUUGUUUGGAGGCCCACCCGCUUCGGAGCCGACCUUGUUUACACCACCCUCAAAGGAGUCUGGCAAUCAAGACACUGACAAGACAGCUAGUACCGAGUCAACUUCAGUGACAUCUUCUGAGAUCGUUAAGGAUGCAGAAGCAAUGACCAAAGACACGGUUGUACCAACCAGUCCAGCCAAGGUUGAGACAUUUGGUUCAUUGAACCUUAGUCUAGAGGAAGAUGAUGAUGUAGAUGAAGAUGAAGAAGAAGAUGAAGAUGACACCAAUGAUGAUGAAGAUAAUGAUGAUGAUCAGAAUGAUGAUGACCCCACCACCAACGAGAAGGUUGAUGAUGUUGACGUAUCGUUCAUUGCGACCGGUCAGACAGUCGCUCCAUCUAGCAUUCAAUUUGGUAGUAUUGGAGCUACUCCUUCCACGUCCACCAGCACAAGUCAAGAUGAGCCACCAAAGCCCAUAAUGGGACAUGUCAAGACCAGCUCUGUAUUUGCCCAACAACAAAAGUCAGUGUUUAGCCUACCUAAUUUGGGUGUCUCGAUAUACUCCACCAAGACACACCCGACCUCUGUCUUUAAUCAACAACCAGCAGCAGCAUCAUCAAGUACAUCAGUGUUUGCCACCGGUGGAUCAGCUCAACCACAUUCUCUGGCCUUGAUAACUGCUCCAACAUCUAUCUUUGCCCAGGCAUCCACAAGUAGUGCUGCACCAACAACGUCCAGUGCCUCUGUGUUUGGAAACACGAACAAACCAAACCCAGAACCAUCAAUCUUUGCUAGCAACUCUGUGUUUGGCACACCUCCAGCAACUACUACCCACGCUACUCCCGAGCCAUUGCACUCUCAAGAGGUGAACACUCCCCAGCAACAGGUUCAAGAGACAGUCGAGUCAACUGAUGUAUUGACGACGGUACCAACACCAACACCAUGCGACACACUUUCAUUUGACAGUUCUUCACUGCUAGCCACAACAAAUCAACCAACGACCAAUGAUGAUGAUGUUGACACUGAUGAUGAGAGUGACGUACAAACAACCUCCACAUCCUCAACGACAACAACAAGCGUGCCCAUCAUGUUUGCCAGUAGUGGAUUCUCAUUUAAGCCAAACAACAGCUCUUUGGACACUGGCAGCAGCCAGUGGGGUGGCGCAUCAUCAAGCAACCAAUCAUGGAUGUCAUCCAAUGAGAAGCCAGUUACAUCGUCCAUGUUUGGCGGCCAUGGCUUCGGUCAGACUACACAGACACCCUUAUUUUCUUCCAGCACUGGACCAGUGUCCACCGGCCACGUCUUUGGUAGUAGCAGCACUCAAGCUUCCAGUCAAACAUUUAACCAGCUUACAACUGACAGCAGCAGUAGCACAGAGAUGUCCACAACAUCUGCUUCCACCUCACAGGAUGAGCAACCAGUCGUCCAGCAACCAGCUCCAAUAACUGAGGAACCAAAGGCUAUUGAGGAAGUUGCCUCGCAAUCAGUGCCAACAGAGCAGCAGACAGAGGUUGAAGAGCCAACAGCAGCAACUGUUGUUGAGGAAAUCCAACCGGCAGAGACUGUUGAUGAGCAACCAACAACUGAUGUGGAGAAGCAACCAGAGGAGGAAGAGGACGAGAAGGUCGAACCACCAGUUUUUGAACAGUCAGUAGUAGUCUCUGAACAACCAACUGAGGAACCAAAGGCAAUGGAGGAAGUUGCCAUGCAAUCAGUAUCAACAGAGCAGCAGACAGAGGUUGAGGAGCCAGCAACUGAUGUCGAGGAUAUCCCACCGGCAGAGACUGUUGAUGAGCAACCAGCAACCAAUGUGGAGAGGCAAACAGAGGAAGAUGACGAGAAGGUCGAGCCACCAGUUGUUGAACAGCCAGUAGUCUCCGAACAACCAGAUGAUACAGUACCAACUGAGGAACCAAAGGCAAUGGAGGAAGUUGCCCCGGAAUCAGUACCAGCAGAGCAGCAGACAGAGGUUGAUGAGCCAGCUACUGAAGUGGAUGUCAAACCAGAGGAGGAGGAUAAGAAGGAAGAGAAUGAGGAGAAGGCAGUACCAACAUCAUCUUUGGAGCAUUCUACCGAGGGAAAGCAUACUACAGUGAAUGAUGACACUAUACAACAGGCCACAGAACAUAGUGAAGAACCUGCCAAUGAUGAUCAGCAGCAGCAGCCGGAAGAGGAAGAGAAGAAGCACGAGGAGAAGACAACAGAAACAGAGUCAGAGAACAAAAAUGACGAAGCAGCAGGAACAACAUCUACAUCAUCACCAUUCUUUGCCCAGCCAACAUUCGUCCCACCAAUAGAGUCAGAGUCAGAGUCCUCGACCAAAAACAACCAAGACAACACAGCAUCAGUAUUUGAUAGCAACAACAAAGAGGAUGGACCUUGGACAAGCAAUCCAUUGGCACCAACGAACCAGGAGGAUGGAUUAGAUGACACUAUAUCCCUUGGCAAGACCAAUACCACUAUUAAUCUACCUACUACAUCCAAUGAUGGUGAAGAAGGUCAAUCCAAUGAAUAA